UUUAGUUGCAGCGGAAAGGAAAUGUGUCAUCUGUGGUUUGGUUUUAAAAGUGGAAAACUAGCUGCACAUAUCCUUUUUUACUGCAGAUUUACUUUAAGGUUCAUAUUCUCCAAGUCUGUUCUGCUUUAAAUAGGAAAAGAAGAAAAGGAGUUAUUAGAAUCACAUUAUAAUCAAUCAGAUUUUCACCAAGCAUUUUGUAAGAUUAUUACACUGAGAAAACUGGCAUACCUUUGCUUUCAGAAAGUCACAAUAAAUCAGGGGAAACAGAGGUGAAAAGAGAGAACUACCACCAUAAAAUUGCUUUUAUAACCAGUGGAUACUCAUGGACAUGGAACACAUAGGACAUUACCUGCAUCUUGCCGUUCUGAUGACAACAGUUUUUUCUUUGUCUCCUGGAACAAAAGCGAACUAUACCCGGCUGUGGGCUAAUAGUACUACUGCCUGGGAUUCAGUUAUUAAAAACAAGAUGGGCAGGAACCAAAAUGAAAACAUUAACACCAACUCUGUAACUCCUGAAGCAGAUUAUAAAGGUAAUUCUACAAACAUGCCUGAAAUGGCAACAUCUCAAGUUGUAACUUCUAAAUCUAAACAGGAGCUUUAUAUACCUUCUGUUGUCAGGAAGAGUUCUCCAACAGUACAGAGCAUUGAAAACACAAGCGUAAGUCAGAGUGAAAUUUUCAAAAAGGAUGUCUGUGAGGAAAACAACAGCAACAUGGCUAUGCUAAUUUGCUUAAUUAUAAUUGCAGUGCUUUUUCUUAUCUGUACCCUUCUAUUUUUAUCAACUGUGGUUCUGGCAAACAAAGUCUCAUCUCUCAGACGAAUGAAAUCAGUAGGCAAGCGUCAGCCUAGAAGCAAUGGCGAUUUUCUGGCAAGCAGUGGUCUAUGGCCUGCUGAAUCAGACACUUGGAAACGAGCAAAACAACUCACAGGACCCAACCUAAUGAUGCAAUCUACUGGAGUGCUCACAGCUACAAGGGAAAGAAAAGAUGAAGAAGGAACUGAAAAACUCACUAACAGAUGGGUUAGUGAAGAAAAAUGCAAAGUAGCAAUGGGAAUGGUUAAAAAGUAAAAAUGAAGUCAAUUUGGUAUUUAAUGCCAAAGUGUUGGGCUGAUGAUCUAAAAUUUGUGAUGGUAGGCCUUACAAUUUAAUUUAAGUCAAGCAGGCAAGAAAGGGAGAAGUAUGACUGCUUACUUAAAUACCUAAGCUAUAAACUUUUUUGGACACUGAAUGAUUUCAAAAGCAAAUAGUAAAAUCAUCAAGCAUUUGAGGAAAGUUUUAAAGAUAGCUUGAGGAGACUAACAGAGAGCAAGAGAUAAUUAAAAAACAUCCCCUAUUCAGCAA